UUGGUUGGUAGGAACAGGCACACUGUAAACAACCACUCGGUGAAGUAGCCCACUCAAACUACAUCAAGGCGAAGCCAGCAUUUUUUAAGUCGCUGUCUAUCCAGUGUAGUCUAUACUCGUGCGGCAGAGACAGCCCAGGUAAAGACAUAACAUAUCAAACAGACACUGAAGCCGAAAGUGGAUUGCAGCUGUACUUUCAGUAUAGAUGUCACACAGCGGAUAUAUAAGAUGAACCACCAUGUGACCUUGAUCUUCCUGUGACAUCACACCGACACUGAGACGGCGGGUGGGUGGAAGGACACACACGGAGGGACGCAGAGCAGAGCACCGAGAGGAGAGCACAGGAGAGGCUACAUACUUAAACAGCGCAGCUUUGCUGUGAGGAGGAUUCAAGCCCCUUGUAGAGGAUCUUGAUACCGUUUGGCUUUCUGCUAAUACAGUCAAAUAAUAAGAGACGUUCUUCUUUGUCAUCUUGGUUUGUGUUGCAGUAGUCAAAAACACCAGCAUUUUACAACAAAGGGUCCCAAGCACCUUUUCAUUUGUUUAUGCAAGAGGAUAAGAGUUGAGCACGUUCUCACCUUCUUCUGAAACUAGCCUUGUGAAGCCAGCCUAUUCUGUUUAUAGUAAGUGAAACGAAACGGUCAGUCUGCUCGGCCAGGCUAUCGAGGACCCAUAAUAACAGUCCAUAACAAAAUGGAGACUCUGUCUCUCUCGCAGGACUCCAUCUUGGAGUGUCAGAUCUGUUUUAACUACUACAGCCCGCGGCGGAGGCCCAAGCUGCUGGACUGCAGACACACGUGCUGCUCCGUGUGCCUGACCCAGAUGAGGUCCAGCCAGAAAGAGAUCCGAUGCCCCUGGUGCCGCGGCGUCACCAAACUCCCCGCCGGCUUUUCCGUAUCCCAGCUCCCCGACGACCCCGACAUCAUCACCGUUAUCGCCAUUCCGCACGCCUCCGAGCACACGCCGGUCUUUAUCCGCCUGCCUAGCAACGGCUGCUACAUGCUUCCCCUGCCUGUCGCCAAGGACAGGGCACUGUUACCCGGCGAACUGGGCUGCCGGUUCUUGCCAGGUGGCAGUGGGCAGCAGAAGGUGGAUGUGGCGGUGGUGGCUAUGCCUGAGUUGCAGCCCCUGGGUCUGGGGAUGAGUCUCGAAGGCCUGGAGGAGACAGAGAGAAGGGGAGUCGGGGGAGGUGGUGGUGGAGGGGGGAAGGGCUCCACGUGGUCCGGGGUGUGUACAGUGAUCCUGGUAGCCUGCGUCCUGCUCUUUCUCCUGGGAAUCGUGCUCCACAACAUGUCCUGUAUCUCUAAACGCUUUACUGUCAUCUCCUGCGGCUGAAGGGAGGGGCCAGAAGGCAUGUCAAUUAACAUGCCUCUCCCACCCCCUAAUGUGGCUCCACCCCUCCUCAGCCAGGACUAUGACGAGAAUAAGGGAUUUUACACAUAUCAGGGGUGGCCAAGGAAACUGCCGACAGACACACAGAGAGUGAGACAACCAGGACAACCGCGAACAAACUAGGGAAAGAAUCUUGCCUCCAAUUGUUGACUUGGAGUUAUUCUGGAUACAAAUACUCUCUCCCUCUGAUUUGGGGUACCCUAUGGACCUGGGGCCAAUGGUAAUUCACCAUGGCCGAUCUGUCCUGGUCUGUUUCUUUCUGUGGUCAGUAGAGUUACUUCAGUCAGUGAUCAUGUUGUUUAGCUAAGUGUCAGUACUGAGUACAUAUCUCCAGCUGGAGCUGCAAUAUACAGUGUUAGGACCUUUUGGCAGACCUGGGAUCAAAUACUUUAACAAUCUUUUCAAAACCUUUAAGGGAUUGCUUGAGUCUGUCUGGAGUGACAGGUGGGCAGGGUUUGGCAUUUUUGGGACUUUUCUAUUGGUUUAUUAAGCCGGGAAAGUUUAAACGGGCACAGAUGUAUUUUAAAUUGAUUUUUCAAGUAAUUGAAACCCAGAUCUGCUUCUAGGCUGCUUUUGUCUUUGCUGCGAUUUAGCAGUGUAUAAAUUAGCUAUGUACAGUCCACCAAACCACCGUUGCUCAUAAAGGGACUGCAUAAAGGGACUGAACAAUCAAUACUGGUGGUGGUGGUUCACUGUGUUUGUGUCCCAAAUGGAACCCUAUUCCUCAUAUAGUUCUCUAUUUUGACCAGGGCCUAUAGGGCUCUGGUCAAACAUAGUGCACUUGAAAAACAAGUAUUUCGCUGCAUCUUAGAUAACAUCUGCAAAUCUGUGUUUUUUUAUUUGAUAUUGGGAAUAGGGUGCCAUUUGGGAAGCAAGCCUGUGUUUCUUAUUUUCUCAGAAUCACUCUAACGUUCUGAAAACAGUGUUUACUUACUGUUGCUCCAAUAUGUAAUGCAGUACUGUAUGUAUGUAUGUAUGUAUGUGUUUGUAUUUUGAUCAAUAAUGUGUUAAACACAAAAACAGGGAAAUAUGUGAUUGUGUGUUGUGCUAUAUACAUAUAAACCAGCCUAUAUUUGACAGAAAGCACACACUACAUGUAUUCAGUAGCCAGCCAGCCUAAAGUAAUAAUGAUUAAGUUACUGUUGAGUAUUACAAUGAAUUGCCUAACCCCGAUACCCUUCACUGAGAACAGAUGGUCAUUGCUUUUAAUAUUGAACUCUCUCCCUAAGUCCCAAAUGGCACCCUCUUCCCUAUAUAGUGCACUACUUUUGACCAGUCAAAGGUAGUGCACUAUAUAGGGAACGGGGUGCCAUUUAGGAUGCAUCCUAUGACUUUGACCUGGUUAUCACGAGUGCCCAUACACUCUAUCUCUACUAUCAAUCUCCCUUUAGGUUAAUACUAUAUUUGAUGUUUGUAUGGGGGGUGUUGGUUCACAGUGAGGUGGAGUGUGGGUGCUGGGAGGGGUUAGGAGUGGGCGGGUGGGGAGUCCCCAUCUUAAUGCUAAUUGCAUUGAUUUCUGAACCGUUUUAAAUACUUUCUCUUCUAUGCCGGUGUUUCUCUUCUUCUGUGUUUCAAAUGGCAUACCAUUCCCUGUAUAGUGCACUACUUUCAACCGGGGCCGGUAGUGCCCUGGUCAAAGUAGUGCACUAUGUAGGGAAUAGGGUGCAAUGUGGGACACAUCCCAUGUCUUUGUUGUUGUUGCCAAAAUGAUUGUGAUCCAGUUUCUACUGUAUUAAAGCAAUUGAGUGUAAACACCAACAAACAAACAGGGUGAACUAUUUUGUAUAGCAGCCAUGUACAGAAUGAUUGUAUUUAUCCUUGUUGUCCUAUUUUCUAUUUGUGUUCUACAUGUUUACUUCUGUCUGUCUGUAAUAGUAGCCUGGUCUAGAAUCAACUCUUGUUGCAGCAGGUUAGAACCCUUGGUGGACAGUGUUUUGUAAAGAUGUGGUUGGACUGGUCUAAAAUCAGUGCUAAAGACAGUGGGUUAUUUAGGCACCUUGUUAGGUUUCCAAAAUUCCAGUAACUUUCCCAAUUUUUCCAGAAAUCCUGGUUGGAACCAAUCACAGCCAGAGAAAGAGGAGGAGGUUGUAGAAAUGAGAGAUUUCAGUUGUUGUGGGAUUAGCUGUUUAGCUCUUACCUAGGGAUAAUUGCACUGGGUUUCUAGGCUAGCUAUUAAACUGAGAUUGUGCCAUCUCACUUACUGACUGGCUUUUUAAGGAGUCCAAUAUGGAGUUACAUUAGUGCCAAACAUAGUAGCAGCCCAGGAUUUCUGUUUGAUGUUUAGAGGGGAAGGAUAGAGAAAGCCUAUGUGCCAAAUGGCACCCUAUUCCAUUUAAAGUGCACUACUUUUUCCAGGGCCCCAACGUGCACUAUAUAGGGGAUAUGGUGCCAUUUGGGAUGCAGGCAUAGAGGUCAUGCAGAGGUUCCAUCAUGGCCGUUGGUGGCCCUGGCAUCUCCCUGCGAUACGCAGUAAGUGGUGGCUCAAUAGCUGACAACUUUUUUUUCACUUAUCGUAACAGACAUUUUGAGGUGGUGCAUAUAGGUCAGCAAAGGGGCAAUUGAUUGUCAGCUAUUGAUUAACUUAUCUAAUGAUACAUAAGCCGCCCUGAGUAUUGUUAUAUUAGACAAACACUGAAGAUGUAUUGAAUAUGCUGUAAAUGUAUGGUGCCAGUAAACCAGACUAGUUACAUUAGUUACACUAGUUACAUUGUCUGUAGAUAGAUACCGCAGUAAACAGCAUAAACAGUACCCACUGGGCAUAUACUAGUUGAAUCGAUGUUAUUUGAAUCAACGUGUAAAACUGAUUUGAUUUGAAAAAAAUACUUAAAAAAAAAAAAAAGAUUCAUCCAACUUUUAACCUAAAUCCAA